AAAGAUAAGAAGGCAAUCAAUAUAAAAAUGAGAACCUGUCAAAGAAGACAUGGUUUCAGUAGAAAGUUCCCACUAAUAAAAAAAAAAGACUGAAGUAACAGUGAUUAAUUUGGACCCUGGCGAAACUGAUCAAAGAGUGAACUUAAACCCAUUUGAUCUGAUCUGAGAUCAACCCUCUCAUCUGUGUUUGUGAAACAGAUACCACACAAUAUGAAUGUCCCACUUACCUCCAUGCUCAUUUUAGCUUGGCUUGUCUUUGUUCUAAUUGGCCAGAGAAUGGCAACAAUGGUGGCGGCUAAGACCAAUAAUAUUCACAUCGUCUAUCUGGGUGAAAAGAAGCACCAUGAUCCUGAUUUGAUCACGGAUUGUCAUCAUGAUUUGCUUGCCAAAAUAGUUGGAAGUAAAGAGAAGGCGGUAGAAUUGAUGGUGUACAGCUACAGACAUGGUUUUUCUGGUUUUGCUGCGAAGCUCACAGAGUCUCAGGCUCAAGAUAUUGCUGGCAACUCUUAUCAUUAUGCCAAUAAUUCAUAUAAUAUUGAAACCCAAUUAGUCUAACACAGUUCCAUUACUCCAUUAUUCAUAUAGUAUAUAUGUAUAUACGUAGUAGUUUUAAAUGAUUAUUGGUCUAAUUUCAAGCUUCCUGGAGUUGUUGCUGUCAUUCCAAAUAGUCUGCACAGGCUGCAAACAACUAGGAGCUGGGAUUUCCUUGGCCUCUCCUCUCAAGUACCUUCCAAUCUUGUUCAUAAGGGCAAAAAUGGCGAUGGAGUUAUUAUAGGCAUAGUCGACACAGGUUUAUUAUUAGCUCUCUUUCUCUCUAUCUUUGUGAUUUGGCUAUUUUCCUUGAUCUUAAUUAUGUGAAGGAGAAAGUAAACCACAUUCUUACUUGAAAUAUAAAUUAUGACCGUUUAUCUCA